AUGAAAUGUGGCUGUGAUAUCAAGGACCUUCAACUCACCUCACCAUGCCAGAAUAAGACAAACUUCUGGGUUCAAGUUCAAAUCCCCUGCUCGUUUCCGGAAAGAAACCUCAGGGUAAAUCGGGCCUUAGCGAAUCUGGCCGAGGAGGCUCGAAAAUUAAAGCUGGAUCCGAAAGAGAAGGAAAGUAAACCUCACUGUGAGGUACAUCAGGAAGAUCUGAAGCUGUUUUGUGAAACUGACAAGAAAUUGAUCUGCCUGAUUUGUCGAGAUUCCCGGGAACACAAAACUCACAACUUCCUGCCGAUAAAUGAGGCUGUUGAAAUCCACAAGAAUAAGCUGAAAUCUUCUUUAGAUUCUCUCACAGAGAAGAAAUCGGCGGUUCUCCAAACGGAACUGACCCAGAAACGGAAGAUUUCCGAAGUGAGGGAACAGGCGAGUAGUCUGCAGACCCACAUCACAUCCGAGUUCACUAAAAUGCACCAGAUUCUCACUGAGAAAGAGCAGCGUUUACUCAGAGAUCUCAGGGAAGAAGAGGAGAGGGUUGUAGAACCAAUGGAGAGAAACCUUCGAGAGAUUCAGGAGAAUUUACAUUCUAUUGAGGAGAAACUCUCAAAGUUGCAGAGUCAGAUGGAGCAGAAAGACGAGCUGAUAUUUCUGAAGGAGGAAGCUUGUUGCAAGAGAAGGAUUAGUGAUGAGGUGAAGACACUCUCAGCUGCUGAUGGCUCUCUGUCUCUCGGACAGUUCACUGGCCCUUUACAGUACACAGUCUGGAGAGAAAUGAUACACACCAUUCACCCAGCUCCAGCCUCUCUGACUCUGGAUCCGAACACAGCGCAUCCCCGGCUCAUCCUGUCUGAGGACCGGAUCAGUGUAAGACUCGGAGACACAGAGCAGACGCUCCCUGACUCCCUGGAGAGAUUUGAUUCCUGGCUGUGUGUCCUGGGAUCAGAGGGAUUCACAUCAGGGAGACAUUACUGGGAGGUGGAGGUGGGGGAGAAGACCUGGUGGUGUCUGGGAGUGGCCCGAGAGUCUGUGGAGAGGAAAGGGAGGAUCAGACUGAGCCCCGAGAUUGGAUUCUGGAUUGUGGGACUGUUUCCCGGAUGUGGUUAUUUAGCCGCCACCUCCCCCUCUGAGACCCCCCUCUCCCCGAGUGUGAAUCCCUGGAAGAUCGGGGUUUUCCUGGACUAUGAGACUGGACAGGUGUCAUUUUACAAUGCGGACACCAUGUCCCAUCUCCACACUUUCAGCCACACUUUCACUGAGAGGGUCUUUCCCAUCUUCUGUCCAGGAGGGAAUAUUGAUGGGAAAAACUCCGCCCCGCUGACAAUCUGCAGGAUUAAAGGGCACUGAAAUCCUAUAAUUUCAUCCCGUCCCCAUGUCUCCUGCCAGCUGUAAACUGAUGGGGUCGGUCUCAGUCUGGUGGAAAGAAGGAGGGGGAGAGAAGAAAUAAAUAGAAGCUCAGUUGUAGAGAGGGACUGACUGGGUAGAAUGAGCUGUGAGCUGCAGGAACCCGGGGACCUUCCUGUCUGUAAUGUUGCUCCACAGGCGGGAGGUGGCGCUACAUGACGGUGUUGGAGAUGAAUCAGUCAGUGGUUCUCAGACUGGGCUCAGUGGGAGUCUUUCCGGGGGACACCAAAUCGUUUCACUGCAGGGUCAGUGGUGUCUUUCCAGGGGGACUGGGCUCAAUCCCAAUAAAAUGUCAGAAUGAUCUUCUUUAGAUUUCCACCAUGUGUCAAUAAUGUGUAUCCCACACGUGAUUUAAUAAUAUUGAGAACUGUCUUGUUGUGCUCAGGUCUGUAAAUAUUGCCCAGAAUGUUACUGCUCUUUCAAAAAAUUUGGAAAAUUUGAAAACUUCAGAUUUGAUGGGUGAACCGAUCGUUUAUGUCAAGAUCAGAUCAUAUUUAACCAUGUUUGAAACCAUUCAGUUGGUGCAAACUGCAAUGAAGGUGGAGCCACAGUUUUCACUUAUUUCUGAGUUAUUGCUCUCUCAUCAUUAUCUCCUGUGAAAUAAUCCUUAAGUCACCCCAAUGAAAAUGUCGGCUUGAUAAAAGUCAUUACUCUAGCACUCUGUGCAUGGAACUAUUCAGAUUUCUCAUUGUUUAUGUUUAUGUAAUUCUAACUUAUAUUGGAGUGCAGGAUCAAAUUUGAAAAUAGCUUCUUCAACCAAAUCAACAUCUGCGACUCACUAGAGUGAAAGCAAGGUUUCUUUAAAAACUACUUCAUCAAUAAAUCCAAGAGAGUAAACCUGUUGUCAUU